AUGGAGCACAAGGGUCUUGCAGAAGGCCUCGAAGAUGAAUUGCAUCCAACGACAACCGAUGAUGCUCGACUAGAAGAAAUCGGCUUCACAGAGGAGUUGGAGCGCAAAUUCUCCGUCUGGUCUCUGGCUGCCCUCGUGCUCUGUCUGAUGGGCACGUGGGAGGCAGUUGGGAGUACAAUGGCGCAAGCUCUUAUUGGGGGUGGUGCACCUUGUCUUAUAUACAACUAUAUCUGGUGUUUCAUUGGAUCACUCUGUUCCUGCUACUCUUUGGCAGAGCUGGGGUCUAUCUAUCCCACUGCUGGAGCCCAAUAUCAUUGGGUAGCAGGACUCGCACCUGAGAAAUCACGUAAGACUGCUAGCUGGUUCACCGGCUGGAUAUGCCUUGGUGCCGCAACAUGUGGUACAGCUUCAGCGGGAUACCUUGCUGGCACACAGAUCCAGGGGAUCAUCUCACUAUGUGACGAAACCUACGUUCCUAAGCCUUGGCAUGGAGUGCUUUUAUAUUUUGCUGUGCUAGCGUACUCCACAGGCGUUAAUAUCUGGGGAUCGGGGCCGUUGUCCACCAUGAACCUGGCGGCAGGCAUCCUCCAUCUUACGGGCUAUGUGGCAAUCAUCGUCACCGUCGCUGUUAUGUCCCACGAGCAAAGCUCACAUUUUGUGUUUAAAGAGACAACCAAUUUGACAGGAUGGUCAAACGAUGGGCUUGCCUGGAUGAUCGGAGGGCUGACAACAGCCUACGCAUUUCUUGGAUACGACGCCGCUGCUCAUCUGGCGGAAGAGAUUCCCCAUGCUUCACGCAAUGUGCCCUUGGCAAUGGUGGGCUCGACUAUUGUCAACGGCAUUUUCGGUUUCGCAUACAGCAUCAUCCUCAUGAAGGGGGUUCCCACCGUACUCCAACUACUUGAAUCUAAGACCGGCUUUCCGUUCAUCCAGCUCUACUACGACGCAACCCAGCACAAAGCUGCGGCAGCCAUCAUGGCCUUGGUACCGACUUUGAUCGCGAUGGCGGGCAAUGCAGCGGGGCUCGCUUCCACUUCACGCACCUUCUGGGCGUUCGCACGAGACAAAGGAAUGCCUCAUUCGGACUUUCUUGCUGUUGUCAGUCCUCGAUUCCGAAUCCCGUUACGAGUGGUGCUACUUGUAACUAUGUUGGAAGUAGCGCUCGGUCUCAUUUCGUUGGGAAGCAACACGGCUUUGACAGCUGUCUUGUCGAUGGCAACCACAAGCGUGUACCUGUCUUACUCUCUGCCUAUCUGCUAUAUGUUACGUGCUCGAUACAAGGGCACUACUCAGCUCUUUGGACCUUUCAGAAUGCCACCCGCGGUCGGGUGGGGGGUUAACAUUCUAGCUGUCGCAUACUUAGUUCUCGUCAUGUUCUUCAGCGCCUGGCCCAUCACAUAUCCGGUCACGCGCCUGACCAUGAACUACGAUGUAGUAGUAUUGGCUGGCUGGCUCAUCAUCGGCAGUGGGUAUUACUUGCUCCGUGGUCGACACCAAUACAGCAACCCCAUCAGCAAUGUGACGACUUUCCGUGAGUAA